UAUUUUGGAGAAAAGAUAGGACUUUAUUUUGCAUGGCUGGGUUUAUACACAGAAUUCCUCAUUCCAUCUUCAGUAGUUGGGAUUAUUGUAUUUCUAUAUGGAUGUGUAACCAUUGAAAGUGACAUUCCUAGCAAAGAGAUGUGUGACCAGCGCAAUGCCUUCACCAUGUGCCCCCUGUGUGACAAGUUCUGUGAUUACUGGAACCUCAGCUCUGCCUGUGCCACCGCUCGAGCGAGUCACUUGUUUGACAACCCUGCCACGGUUUUCUUCUCCAUCUUUAUGGCUCUCUGGGCGACCAUGUUCCUUGAACAAUGGAAGCGUUUGCAGAUGAGAUUGAGUUACUUCUGGGAUCUAACUGGACUGGAAGAAGAAGAGGAGCAUCCCAGGCCAGAGUAUGAAACGAAACUGCUGCAGAAAAAGUUGAAAAAUAAAAACAUCACAACAGAAAGUACAAAUGAGAAUGAAAAGGAGAAGCUGACAUGGAUUGACCGCAUGCCUGGAUAUGCAGCAAACUUUGGACUGAUUCUAUUUAUGAUCCUGCUGGCGUUUUCAGCAGUGUUUGGGGUCAUUGUGUACCGCAUCACCACGGCAGCAGCCUUGUCCUUCAGCGCAGACGAGACGACCAGGUCCAACGCUCGAGUCACCGUCACUGCCACUGCUGUCGUCAUUAACCUCGUGGUGGUCCUCAUCCUCGACGAAAUUUAUGGAGCUGUGGCCAAAUGGCUGACAGAAAUCGGUAAAACUGCCUCGCCACAUUCCUUAUUAAUCCAUGUAUUGACACCAGGGGGUGCAAGGAGGGUCCAGGAGGAGAAUUUCCUCCUGGACAGGGCCAGUGAAAACAUUCAGGCCUGUGAAGGUUCCUCUUUAAGCUAA